UUGAAAUCGCUGCUGUGGGUGGGGACAGGAAGCUGCGCCUCUGGUUUCAGUGUGUGAGAGCCUGUUCAAACCGCGGCUCCCUCUCUCACUCACAGCCCACGUCCCUAUUUAAACAGCGCUCACUGCGGCUCCGGACAAAGCCGGCCUGAGCUGCAGUCGCCGAUCUCAAAAGUGUCCAAGUCCGGCUCAGUGUUCAGGGUGAUGGGGGUCGUUCCUUAUCUCUGUCUCCUCCUGUCUUGUCUGGCAGGCGUGCGGUCCGACAUCGUGCUGACACAGCCCGAGUCAGCGGUGGUAAAGCCCGGGCAGUCCCACAGACUGACCUGUGCGGUCAGUGGGUUCGAUAUCAGCAGCCGCUACAUGUACUGGGUGAGACAGGUCCCCGGGAAAGGGCUGGAGUGGUUGGUAUCGUAUUAUAGUGAAAGUUACAAGUACUACGCGCCUGGAAUCCAGAGCCGGUUCACCGCUUCCAAGGGCAGCAGCAACUUCUAUCUGCAAAUGAACAACCUGAGACUGGACGACACGGCCACCUAUUACUGUGUGAAAGGCUGCUAUUACGAUUGCUGGGAGAAUAUACAGAGUUACUAUAGGCGCUAUACUAUGGGAUGCGUGCGGUCCGACAUCGUGCUGACACAGCCCGAGUCAGCGGUGGUAAAGCCCGGAGACUCCCACAGACUGACCUGUGCGGUCAGUGGGUUCGAUAUCAACAACUACUACAUGAGCUGGGUGAAACAGGUCCCGGGAAAGGGCUGGGGUGGCGUGCGGUCCGACAUCGUGCUGACACAGCCCGAGUCAGCGGUGGUAAAGCCCGGACAUUCCCACAGACUGACCUGUGCGGUCAGUGGGUUCAAUAUCAACAACUACUACAUGAGCUGGGUGAAACAGGUCCCGGGAAAGGAUUUGUACGUCUUUAUUCAAAAUCCCUACAUUGAAGAGAUGUGGAUCCACAAGACUGCUACUGUGAAGUGCACAGUUAUCUGUACAGAUCCAGGAAAAUUACGCAUCUCUUGGUACGUGGGCAGGAGGGUGAAAAAUGCAGGAACUGUCAAACAUCAACCACAGAGGGAUGGGACCCGAUACAGAGUGCUCAGCGAAAUCCGGAUCAGUCUGGAGGAGUGGUUCAGUGGGGUGGAGUACGAGUGCUCUGCUCAGGAAUCUCCUUCAUCUUCCCGAGUGUCAGCACGAACUAAAGGCACCAAAGUCGAAAUAAAAAGUCCUAAGGUCAGUCUGCUGCUUCCACCUCAGGAAGAGAUCAAGAAUAGGAAGGCGGUCACACUGGAGUGUGUGGUGUCUGGAUUCUACCCGAACCAAAUAAAUGUCAUCUGGAAGAAAGGCAGCACUGUGAUCACCUCUGGCACCAGCGCUACACUGACCGCUCUGGAGCAGGGGAGGACUUUCAAUGUCAGACACUUCCUGACCGUGAGUUUACAGGAUUGGAAGACAGAAUCAGUCUUCAGCUGUACAGUGACUCAUCCCCCCUCCAACACCCAUAUCAAGAAGCAAGUGAAGAACGUUCAAGAAUUGUUUGUCUUUAUUCAAAAUCCCAACAUUGAAGAGAUGUGGAUUGACAAGACUGCGACCGUGAAGUGCACGGUUAUCUGUACAGAUCCUGAAGAUAUCCGCAUCUCUUGGCACGUGGGCGGGAAGGAGAAAACAAAUGGACCUGUCAGACGUCAAGCGGAGAUGGACGGGUCCCGAUACAGAGUGCUCAGUGAACUCCAAAUCAGUGUGGAGGAGUGGUUCAGUGGGGUGGAGUACGAGUGCUCAGCUCAGGAAUCUUCUUCAUCUUCCCCAGUGUCAGCACGCACCAAUAGUACCAAAGUUGAAAUAAAAAAUCCCAAGGUCAGUCUGCUGCCUCCACCUCAGGAAGAGAUCAAGAAUAGGAAAAUGGUCACACUGGAGUGUGUGGUCUCCGAAUUCUACCCGGACCAAAUAAAUGUCAUCUGGGAGAAAGGCAGCACCGUGAUCACCUCCAACACCAGGGCUACACCGACCGCUCUGGAGCAGGGGUGGACUUUCAGUGCCAGACACUUCCUGACCUUGAGUUUACAGGAGUGGAAGUCAGAAUCAGUCUUCAGCUGUACAGUGAUUCAUCCCCCCUCCAACAGCAGUAUCAAGAAGCAAGUGAAGAACGUCCAAGAAUUGUCUGUGUUUAUUCAAAAUCCCAACAUUGAAGAGAUGUGGAUCAAUAAGACUUCUACCAUGAAGUGCACGGUUGUCUGUACAGAUCCCGAAGAUAUCCACAUCUCUUGGUAUGUGGGCGGGAAGGAGAAAACUAAAGAACAUGUCAUCCACCCAGCGGAGAGGGACGGGUCCCGAUACAGAGUGCUCAACGAACUCCAGAUCAGUGUGGAGGAGUGGUUCAGUGGGGUGGAGUACGAGUGCUCUGCUCAGGAAUCUCCUUCAUCUUCCCCAGUGUCAGCACGGACCAAUAGUACCAAAGUCGAAAUAAAAAGCCCCAAGGUCAGACUGCUGCCUCCACCUCAGGAAGAGACCAAGAAUUGGAAAACAGCCACACUGGAGUGUGUGGUCUCCGGAUUCUAUCCGGACCAAAUAAGUGUCAUUUGGAAGAAAGGCAGCACUGUGAUCACCUCCAACACCAGCGCUACACCGACCGCUCUGGAGCAGGGGUGGACUUUCAGUGCCAGACACUUCCUGACCGUGAGUUUACAGGAGUGGAAGUCAGAAUCAGUCUUCAGCUGUGCAGUGACUCAUCCCCCGUCCAACACCCGUAUCAAGAAGCAAGUGAAGAACGUCCAAGAUUACUGUUCAGAUACCCGCCCCUCAGUCACUUUAAGCAAACCUUCCUUCAAAGAGAUCAAGAGAAAAGAGCUCAGCGACUAUUCUGUGUGAGGUGGUCACAGUGAUUUAGAGGGAUUCAGUGUAACCUGGCAGGUGGAUGGAAGGAAAAGGGAAGAUGGAAUGAUGACUCUGGGUCGAGAAAACAACAGAGGUGAAGACAUGAUCAUGAGCAGUCUGACACACAAAUCAGCCCUGUUAUUCUGUUUGCAUUAA